UCAAAGACCUUUUUUUUUUGCUAAUUUAUUUAACCUUUAUUCAGCCAAGAAAAAAAAUUGUUUGAAAUUAGUUUACAAGAGUAGAAAUUAAUUUACAAGAGUGUCCUGGUCAAGUCAUUCCAUCAGCAGCGAUGAAGCAAGAGCUUGCGGCCGUGUUUGCGCUUAUGAAGUUGCUGGUAACCAAGUUGCAUGUGCAAAAAACCGAGCUUUUCAUUGAGAAGUUACUGGUUGCGCUAAAGGAGAAAUUUCAGGACCACUGGUACCCGGACAAUCCCAGCAAAGGACAAGCGUAUAGGUGCAUUCGAGUGAACUUGUCCAACAGUCAAGAUCCAGAACUUCUGCGGGCCUGUAAGGAGAGCGGGGUUCAAUUCUGUGAGCUGGGAUUGCCGCCUGUCCUCACUUUAUGGGUGGACCCCGGUGAAGUGGCCUGCAGGAUCGGAGAGGACAACCCUUGCUUCUCGGUGGCCAGGUUCCCCAACAACAGUAAAAGCGGCGCGUGUGCGGAUCUAAUGGCCGUUGAAGACAGCUCGUCUUCAGGUAGCGACUCGGACUCGUCAUCCGGAAUGCAUCCGCUUUUCGACUUCCCGCCUGGUAUGCUAAGGCCUUGCUACCAGGAAAAAGUCAUAUCCUCCCUCGAGCUCACUAAGGCUUCAGAGGCCUUGCAGGAGAGGCCUGGAUCCUUUUUGUUUUCGGUUGUGUUUGUUCAUAUUUUAUACAUUAAAAAAAUGUCAAGAAUGCAAGUCAUCUUCUUCAUAUUGAGCAUUUUCUCUAUUGCACAUGAUGCUGUCAAGGUGCAAGAAAAUCAUCGCUCAGCCUCUUGCAUUGCUUUUAGGGUCUACUCUGUCUGUCGAGAGCCAUUUGCAGUGCUUUGCAUGGGAAAAAAAAAUCCCUACUCACUCUUCACUGCUGCGAUGCGACCUGACGCGUCCAACUGACACCUCACAGGUGUUGGGCUAUAUUUACAAAAUGUUCGAAAUGGAAUUGUUGGGUGUGAUGCAACCACGCGUCUAGUUACUGCCGCUGCGAUCAAGUCCAAGCACAUGAUUGGUCGUACCUACAAAUUAAAUCAAAUCUGCAGGUGUAUCUUUUAUGUUGAGGGUAUUUUGUAGUUGUGUGAAUAAGAUUCAAGCUCCCUGAGAGAACAUUUGUUCCCCUUACUGCAUGUGUGGUUGGACCACAGAUUAUCGCUGGAUCUGAUGCAUUCUAUAUCUCAACUUGACAGCAGAGGAAUCAGGAAAUCCAAAGCCCUGAAUAAUAACUUACUCUGCGGUGCUUUCCCUUCAUUCUUGCCCCAUUUUCCUCACCCAAAUGCAGCUGCAUGCUUACGGAACGGGUCAGUCCAGAGCGAGGCCCUGACAACAGUGCAUUUAGCUGGACGUUCACACACAGCACUGUUGCUGCAGGAAUGGAAAAUAAUUUAUGUGUCUGAUGAUAUCAGCGUGUCGUCACAAGCCAGAAACCAAGACAAUGUCUUUAUACGUUGCCAUUAAUUAAAAAAUAAAUAACAGCCGUCAGACCCGAGUGCCUUUCAUAGGAACACAAAUCAAUUGUAACAGCAGAAAAUAAGACACCCACCCCCAAAAUAUGUUGUAUACUUUCCUGAGAAUAAUUGCAAUUUUCCAGUUGCUUGUAUCAGUAUAUAUCGGUCAAGAUAAAAUAUCUUUCUCUCCCCUGCAGCGUUUAUGUUGAUGUUCUAAGCGCUACUCUAGUU